CCGGGCGCGGGCUGUCUUGGCAGACGCACACCUCGAGUCGCUGUCGCCACCGCCGCUGCUGCUUCGGCUGCUGCUUCUGUUAGCGCCGCCGGCCGCCGGGGCCUGGCGGGCUAGUGCACAGGGUCUCCUGCCGGCUGUCAGAACCACACAUAGGUGCCUGUGGCCACCAUGAAGCUGCUGCACUCAGCCCUCCCCGGUUGCUUCCUGUUGAUCCUGCUGGGCUUGUGGAGGGCCGCUCCUGAGGCUUACGCUGCGUCCACGGCCACGCCAAGCCUCAGCGCUGCCUCCUUCCUGGGGGACCUCAUGCGUCGCUAUGGCGAAGGUGACAGCCUCACCCUGCGGCAGCUGAAAACCCUGCUGAACCACCUGGAUGUGGUCAUGGACCGGGAGAACGUCAGCCAGCCUGUGUCAGGCCCCAGGAACCUCUCCACGUGUUUCAGUUCCGGGGACCUCUUUGCUGCCCACAACUUCAGCGAGCAGUCGCACAUCGGGCGGCGCGAGUUCCAGGAGUUCUGCCCCACCAUACUGCAGCAGCUCGAUUCCCGCGCCUGCAGCUCAGAAAACCAGGAGAACAAGGAGAACGAGCAGACGGCAGAAGGCGGCCCGAGCGCCCUGGAAGUGUGGGGCUACGGUCUCCUGUGUGUGACCGUAAUCUCGCUGUGCUCGCUCAUGGGCGCGAGCGUGGUGCCCUUCAUGAAGAAGACAUUUUACAAGAGGCUGCUGCUCUACUUCAUAGCUCUGGCGAUUGGAACCCUCUACUCCAACGCCCUCUUCCAGCUCAUCCCCGAGGCUUUUGGGUUCAACCCCCUGGAAGAUUAUUAUGUCUCUAAGUCGGCAGUGGUGUUUGGGGGCUUUUACCUUUUCUUUUUCACAGAGAAGAUCUUGAAGAUGCUGCUGAAACAGAGGAAUGAGCACCACCACGGGCAUAGCCACUACACGUCGGACACGCUGCCCUCCAGGAAGGACCAGGAGGAGGGCGUCACGGAGAAGCUGCAGAAUGGGGACUUGGACCACAUGAUCCCCCAGCACGGAGACGGCGAGCUGGAUGGCAAGGCCUCUGCCGUGGACGAGAAAGUCAUCGUGGGCUCGCUGUCCGUGCAGGACCUGCAGGCAUCGCAGAGCGCCUGCUACUGGCUGAAAGGCGUGCGCUACUCCGACAUCGGCACGCUGGCCUGGAUGAUCACGCUCAGCGAUGGCCUGCACAAUUUCAUCGACGGGCUGGCCAUCGGCGCCUCCUUCACCGUGUCUGUCUUCCAAGGCAUCAGCACUUCCGUGGCCAUCCUCUGUGAGGAGUUUCCACACGAGCUGGGCGACUUCGUCAUCCUGCUCAACGCGGGCAUGAGCCUCCAGCAGGCUCUCUUCUUUAACUUCCUGUCGGCCUGCUGCUGCUACGUGGGGCUGGCCUUCGGCAUCCUGGCUGGCAGCCAUUUCUCUGCCAACUGGAUCUUCGCGCUGGCGGGCGGCAUGUUCUUGUACAUUGCUCUGGCUGACAUGUUCCCCGAGAUGAACGAGGUGGCCCAGGAGGACGAGAGGAAGGGCAGCGCCCUGAUCCCGUUCGUGAUCCAGAACCUGGGUCUCCUCACGGGCUUCACCAUCAUGCUGCUGCUCACCAUGUACUCGGGACAGAUCCAGAUCGGCUAGCGGCCCCCGACUCAGCAGCCCCGGCCCCGGCCCCAGCCCCGGCUCCCGCGAGGCACCACCGAGGAAGCCGUCCCUUUGAAAUCUGCGACUCAGGCUCUGGGCUGGGGUUUGGAUGUCAACUGUUCUCCAAAACCGCUCUCUCCUCGGGCGUGUGCCCACCUGAGACCUGGUUUCUAGGGAGCACCUGGCACCCUUGUCUCUGCCCUUCCUUGCUCACAGAGAUUCGAGCCUCUGAGUGCAGCUUCCAGCAAGAACGUCCUCCCCACCCCCCUUUUUAAAAUGGGUGCCCUGGCUUCUUUCCCUCGGAACCAUCACUGGAGAGAUUAUCAUCUUCCCCCCGCCCACCCUGCAGUGCAAAGUGGAGCCAGCAGUGGCCACUGUCACCUGACCAGAACCACCAGGUGGAACCCAUGGAUUCAGCUGUGUGGAUUCAUGGGGCCUCCGUAGGAGGGUUCGAGAAGGGCCCUUGCCUUAACCUCUCCUCUCUUGAUGCGAAGGCAGGUGUCCGAACCGACACCUUCGGGAGGAGGGCGGUUGGGGAGCAGCCGGGUCAUGUGGGAGGUAGAAGCCGUCAUCCCUACUGGUGGCACGCGGCUUCCAGGUACAUAACCUGAAGUUGCAGGUGCACAGCCUCCGCCCUUUGAGAUCACACUGACAGAAGGCAUGAGCUGUGGUUCCCUCUCCCGCCCCCCAGCCUCUUGUCUGCCACCCUGCCCAGGGAUGCCUCUCGCUGCCUUCCUAGAAGCACAUUUCAUUCAGAGCACAUCGGCCCACAUCUGCGUCCCAGGGCGGACUGCGUGCCAGCUCAGCACUGGGCAGAGUGUCACCCAAAUGAGGCAUGCGCGGUGUGCGCUCUGCCUGCUGAUUCGGAGUGGACUCGGGGGAUUGGCUAAUCCCGUCCGUAAAAGUACCUGUAGUGGCAGACUUUAUAAAGUGCAAAGUCAAGACCUUGGCCCGCCCUCCCCGCAACCCUGCAGAGAUGAUGGCUGCUGGUGGAUUGUGGGGUGGGGCGGGAGGGGUGGCGCUUUCUCCCUCACCCACGAACUCUGCAAAGCCAAGUCAUGCCCUUGACUCUCUGAUUCUCUCCAGAAAAUGGGACAGACAGGCUUUUCUGCGCAGCCGCAGGGCGCAGCCUCGGGCGCCAUGCAUCCUCUCCUCGCGUCUCAGUCUUCCGGGUUGGGGGAUGUAGGGGUGGGGCGGGGGGGUCCAUCUCCAGGUUCACUAGGUGAAUUGACUUAUUGUUAUCAUAUUGAUAAUGUGCGAUUCUUCUGCCACUUUGGGGAGCUCGGCUCUCUCCUGAAGCCUUUCUCUGUGGUGCCCACCAUUGUAGCCCAGAGGCUGUAGUUCCAAGACCGGCUCGGAUGCGCCACUGGGCCGGAGUGCCCAUUCACGGCCAAGGCCCGAGGCUUUCUGUCCUAACACAGAAGAGCUGAGCUGUGCGCCCUCGGUCGUGCCAGGCGGCUGUGUCGAUGGCCUGUCUCUUCCGGGAUAACAUCCGUCUAAGCCGAAGUACUCUGGGGUGUGAGCGGGGAAGACUGCCCGGGGCCAGCUCAUAGGUUUGGUUUGGUUUUCUUUUCAUGGACCGACUGUGAUGAAAAGUGGCUGGUCUUCCUUCGCGUGGCUAGAUCUGAGAAUACGCUGACGAAGGAGAAAACCUUUGGCGACCAAAAUUCUAGAUUCCAAAUCUAACUCCUAGGAUUUUGGUCCGGUCGUACCAAAGAACCAAUCGCUCGCAUGUCGGAAUCUUUAGCCUUUUUUGGCGUGGUGUGUGUUAGAAUUGUUACUAUUAUUUUCUCUUUCUCUCUUUUCUUUUUUUUUUUUUUUUCCUCCAAGUGCGCCCCGGAGCUGGCAGAAAGUAAUUACUCAAGAUGCAGAAAGAUUCUCCAAGAUUCCGCUUUCUUUAAUUCACCUUGAUGUGUCAAGUUCAUGAUUUUAGCAAUUCCCUGUAGGCGCCGUCAUUCAUUCCACACACACCUGCACCCUUUGUCCUGGAGUAGAGUACUAAGUUAGAGGUGAUGGUUCGUAGUGUAGGGGCUGAAAGAUAGACGCUUUAGCAAACGGAGCAACACAAGAGGAACUAGGAGACUGCUCGCCGGUCCUGCGGACACCUGCGUGAGUUCGAGACCCGGCCUCCCGUGCAGCCUGGGGGGGACGGGGGAAGGCUCUUUAUGGUCCCAUUGCCGGCACAGAGGCCAGCUCAAGCUUAGGAUGUGGGGAGAGAAGCUCAAAGCGAGAGGCUGCCAAGGGCGGUGGAUCUGCCUCGCGAGUCAGAAACGUGGCCAUUUGACUUUUGCGUUGAACUUGCCGUUUGAAGCAUCCCUAUGCAGCAGUCCAGGGCGCAGUGAGGCGUCCCGGGGACUUGGCGCACCCCUGCCAUCACCCUUCCUUUUCCCCGGGCGGAGCAAGGGCAACUCAUGUGCCAGAGGCCGAGGCAGGGUUGUGCUACCUACCCCCAACCCCCCCCACAGGUUGUUUCUGUCCCGCCCCCUUCCCCCGGUCUUGAUGCUUUCCGUCGACUUGGGGGUGGGGGGACAAUUUCUCAUUGGUGGUUUUCAUUCAGUUUGAAAGAGAAGAGCUCUGUGCGUGAGUAGCCCGAGACCCGCGUUCCUAUGUCCUUGUCCCAAGGAGGUGAUGACAUGCCGGAACCUGCUUUAGACCGAGUCCUGUUUCUACAAAGAGGGUAGUUUUUUAUUGUUCGUAUUCCCUUCACAGCUCUGCAAUUCCAUCACAGUGUUUUUAUUUUUAAAUUAACUCAGGUGUUGCGAGAAGAGACUAGCAAAGAAAAUAACUUAUGUGGACUGUAAAUGUUUAUUUGUAAGGUUCUAUAAAUAAAGCUAUAUUCUCUAA